AGCUGCGCCCCAAAGCAGCUCGAGAACGGGCGCCAUAACGAGCGGGGAGAAAAUAUGCGGUCGUUCUCGCAAACGAAAGCUUUUCAAAACCAACUAAUAACCCAAAACAACACAUAACACUUUGCCAAACACAAUGGUGAACUUAGUUUUUGUUGUCGAUACCUCUGCUUCUAUGAAUCAGAGAACGUCCCUCGGUACUACUUUACUAGAUGUCGCCAAAAAUGCCGUGGAAACUUUUAUUAAGAUCAGACAACGAGAUGAGGCGAGUCGAACUGAUCGAUUAAUGCUUGUGACGUUAGACGAGCCGCCUGGUUCCGUCAAGGUUGGAUGGGGAACUAAUGCAACUCAGCAAGUAUUUUCAAAUGAAUUAAGAAACCUUCAAGCAACAGGUCUUUCUACAUUGGGAUCUGCUCUGAAAGAAAGCUUUGACUUGCUAAAUUUAUAUCGCUUACAAUCAGGAAUAGACAAUUAUGGAUUGGGACGUAAACCUUUUUAUGUGGAUCCGGCAAUUGUUAUAUGUAUCACAGAUGGCAGUAGUCUAGUAACUAAAAACGACAUUGAAAGAGAGCUUCACUUACCAAUGCAUAGUAAUCUACCAGGAAGUGACCUCACYAAGGAGCCUUUUCGAUGGGACCAGAGACUGUUUGGAUUAGUUUUAAGAAUGGGUGGUUGCCGUGGGGGACCAAAAGGAGUGAAUCCUUGUCUCAGUGCUGAGCCAGCCCUUGGGGCCAUGUGUGAUGUUACAGGAGGAAAAUGUUAUAAAGCCUCAUCCUCAAAGUCCCUAAARCAGGCCCUUGAAUCAAUUGCUCAGAAAAUCCAAUGUGGAAUUGUUGUCAACUUUGAAAAAAUAGGAGGACCAGACACUUCUUCUAAUUUGGUUGAUGCUGUUAGAAACAACGCUAUGAGAGAAACAGAUUCCCCCACCCCACCCCCAAGUGUUAACAACCAGCAUAAUGGCAAUGGUGUUGAAGGAGGAGAGCAUAAAAACAAACAAAUGGAAAAUGCUGAAAAUUGCCAUCCAGUCAUAAAAACAGAAGGCAUUUCAACCAGUGGAGUCUCUACACCUUCGUUACCCCAGCGUGGUGAUUCCAUGGCAUUAUCUCCUGUUAUUAAUGGUCUUCAAGAUGAAGCAGUAGCAAUGCCCAACGGAAUUUCAAGGUCUGCAACAGCAUCACCUAUACCACAGGCAACCCAGCCCGCUGCAUGGACGAGUUGCUGUAAGAUGAUUUAUAUAACAAGAAAGAUGUAUAUCGAGAGAGACAUAGUGCCUACUGGCUAUUGGCCAAUACCAGAGACGUUUUGGCCUGAUCCUUCUAUGACAAAACUUCCUCCAAGGGAUGCUCAGCCUACAAUCUUCUUCUCCUGUGUGGACUCAGAACCUCAUUUAGUAGAAAACCUACCAUUUGACAAAUAUGAGCUUGAACCAUCACCACUGACCCAAUAUAUACUAGAGAGAAAAUCUCCAUCGACUUGUUGGCAGACAUUCAUAUACAGUAGUGGAAGAAAAAGCGAUAAAGUUGGUGAUUUUGGAUGCCCAUUUGGCUAUCUAAAGGCCAGUACCAACCUCCAGUCUGUCAAUCUUUUUGUUCUUCCCUACAAUUAUCCACUAUUAUUUCCUCUUCUUGAUGAACUUAUCAAAGUCCACAAACUCAAGCCAGUUCUUAAAUGGAAGCAAACCUUUGAGUCGUACUUGGCCACAAUGCCAAGCUACUACGCUGCUCCUCUACGGAAUGCAUUCAGGAAAAUGGGAAUCCCUACAUCAUUAGUUCCAGACCACUUAGAUGGAUCACUUGGUUAUAGUGUAGUGAACUAUCUCAAAAGUGUCAAACAACAGAGUAAGCUUGAAGCCAAGAGAUUUGAGGCUGGUGUUGGUAAAUCCAUUGCAUCGACCCCAAACAAAAUAAUACCUAGCAUUCAAACACCUGAGCUGCCGUCAACAGACAAGAAGGAUUUCCAUAUGCUACUCAAUCAUGGUUUAGUGAACAAACCAAAGAAUGUUUCAAGACAUAACAAUGAUAAUGAGUUAAGCACACAUGAAGCAGUACAAGGGAUGAAAGAAGUCAAUGUGACGCAACCUCAAAGCUACAAAAAUCCAUUUGACAUAAACAGAAAUGAGCUGUUAGAUCAGCUGUCAAGAAUGCGGAUAAAUUUCUUUCAUAUGGCUGCAACAUCGACUAUCUUACAAGAUGAAGAUGCAAGACACACUGUUGCUAUUGCUGAGAUGGGAAACUAUGGUAAAGUACUUCGACAAAGUAAUCAACUCAGAGAAAUCGAUCCAGGCCAAAAUAGGGCUCAUAUGUUUGGAAAUCCCUACAAGCUUGCAAAAGAUCAGCGAGUAAUGGUGGAUGAAGCCGAUGUAAACGAGGCUGCAAGAKGAAAACGACCAGACACACCACCGGUAAAAUGGCCAACUUCAAUUCGCCAUGAUAGUCCAAGUCCAACGCCACACCAUUAUAGGCCGUUAUGUCAAGAAGAAGGGCAAAAUCACAAACCUGUACAACUUAAAGACACCAAAGAUAAUAUAUCGAAUGACUUGAAAACAAAUAAUGUAUUACAGUCUCAUCACAGAAAGCGAAAAUCUUCAGAUGACAUUUCAGGUUUAGAAGGUGGAGCUAAACCUUUAAAAACAGCAAAACAUAAUAUUCAUCCUCAACUUAAGAAACUUCAAAGACUUCAUCAAAUCAAAGGACAGAACCACAAAAAGGUUUCAGGGACUUCUAAUUCAACUGRCAGGAAGAAUUUGCAAGUUAAUAAUACUGAAAAAGAACAGGAAGUGUCUGAUAUUUCUUCAAUACUUAGAAAUGCUUUAACACCUCGAACAGAAGCGGAUAAAAUCACUCAAAUAAACAAUUCACACAUGGAUGGGCUUUUGAUAGCUAAUGAUGUAGGUAGUCAGAAUAGCACCCCAAGUUCGUCACCAAGUACUGUAUCUAGAAGGCAACUUCUACGAGAGGCACAUGAAGAGAAUACUCAAAUUAGGAUAACUGUYUUUAAAGAACUGAGAAGUCCCACCUGUGUUGAUGAACUAGUUCUGGCUCAGCUUACCAAUCUCAAGGGUCCAGUUGAUGUACAGUGCAGUUYUCUUAACGAUAUCAUUGAAGAAGCACAACUUUUCAAAAAGAGGAUUCUGGUCUUAAAAAUCAAGUCUGUCCUUAAAAAGCUCAAAGCUGGACUUUCUUCUCCAGUAAACAAUCACUUGAAAGCCAAGUAACUUGUAAUAGAUGAAUAUUUGCCACUGUGUGGCAGUAAUUUCACAGCCCGUGUACAUUGUGUAAAAAGAUAUUUCUAUUACAAAAUACAUUACCAAAGCUGUAAAUAGUUUUGUUAAUAAAGAACCAAAAAGUGGAUUUCUUAUGAAA